CUUGUCUUCUGUAGCAACCACAAGUCUCCGCCUCUCUCUCACAGCGCUAACCCGAUCCCCACUCACUCCAACUCCCCUGCCACCGCCAUCCUUCUCCCUAGCCCGUAUUCCCGACGUUUGUCCCAGCGAUAAUCCACCUCUUUUCGCAAGCGAUUUUAGAACUUUGUCCCGAAGAGAGAGAAAAAGGAUAAAACACCCAGAGAAGUGAAGAUCGGAGUGAACCAAAUACGUUUUAUAUUGCCCAGAUUGUUGGCCACGGCGGGGUGGAUAAAAGCAGGCUGAAAAAUACCAUAUGAUGUGGAUCUGGUACCUCUUGCUUGGUUCGGGGACGGGCUCAAGCUUGGUUGAGAGCCAGCUCCUUCCGGGGAACAAUUUCACCACAGACUGUAACAACCCAGGGAACUUCAUGUGUGGGGACGGGAAGUGUAUCCCAGGGGCGUGGCAGUGUGACGGAGUGUCCGACUGCUUCGACAAGAGCGACGAGAAAGGCUGCCCCAAGAUAAAGUCCAAGUGUGCUCCGACGUUCUUUGCCUGUGCCAACGGGAUACACUGUAUUAUCGGGCGGUUCCGUUGCAAUGGCUUCAGCGACUGUCCUGACGGGAGCGACGAGAAGAAAUGCACAGGUAACCCGCUGGUGUGCCUGGAGGCCCGCUUCAAGUGUCGUAACGGGCACUGUGUGGACCGCAGUUUCCUGUGUAACGGACAGGACAACUGUCAGGACAACAGUGACGAGGAACACUGCCUCACCACCGCAGAAGCUCCAGGCCAGGACUUUGUAACCCUGGACUACCGCAACUACCCUAGCAUCACCUACGCAGUCAUCGGCAGCGCUGUCAUCUUUGUCCUGGUGGUGGCGCUGUUGGCCUUGGUUCUGCACCACCAGAGGAAGCGCAGUGUGCUGCUGCCCCGGGAGGUCCGGUCCUCCUACCACCACCACCACCAUCAGCCCCUGCUGCUAUCCCGCGUGGUCAUCCUAGACCGGGGACACAUCCACCCAGCUGGCCCUGGCCUCUCCCCCACCUCCCCGUCUGCAGAACCCCAGUUCAGUGCAGGUUCACAAGGGCUACAGAUGCUGUCUAGGACCCUCUACCCUGCUGACAUGUCCAUGGACACACCACCCUCCUACUCCCAGGCCGUGCUGGAUGUCAGCCGGCCUCCCUGGUUCGACCUUCCCCCGCCACCCUACCUCCCAGACGGGGAUCUGCCGUCAGAAGGAGAGCUGCCCCAGUACGAAGCCCCCACAGAGCCCUCCACUCAGCCCAGCACACGUCUCUCUGAGCCCUCCACACCCAGAACUGUGGCCCCAGGCUUGUCCUGGCCUAGCUUCAGCUCCAGAGACGAGUCGGACUAGCUGUAGUCCUCCUCUGAUAACUGCAUGUACAUAGGACCACAAUACCCAGCCUCAGGGCUGUGGAAGGCUGAAGAGAGAGGAGCUGUUCAAUUUGGGAAGACCCAAUGGAUUGUCCUGCCUAAUGUGAGAAUGAGAGACAAGGCUCUAUUCUACCGAUAACUACAACUGACUGACUAAGGCACUUGGAAUGAUUGCUAUUAUAUGCUGGCAUCCUCUGCUGGAAAUUUCUCUACAUAUCCCCUGACUGGGUUGCUCACUUAUUCAAUCAAUCAAUAAAUCAUCAGUCAAUUGCAUUUCAUCUGUGGCUAUAUAGUGCUUUUUAUAAAUGAAUUUCUCAGUGUGCUUAACAACUUCAAGGGUCUAAACUUCCGAAGACAAAAUAAAAACUACCACAGCCUCCCAACACUAUGCAUCUCCUGUUGGACUGGUGAAGACCCUGGUUGGUGCGAGAUCCUGUAGCUUGGUUGUGUUGACUGGAUGGAUGGUCAACCUUUAUAGUACAGUCAUGCAUUAACAAUGUAGUAGGACUCACAGUAACUAACAUUGUUUGUGGUACUCAUAAAGGGUCAAAUGUCACAUGGUGUUACAGUAGCAGAUGUAUAUGCUGUGCAAACAUAGUGAAAGAGAUACAGGGUCAGAUCUGUAAUGUUACAAGGUAGCACAUUAGGACAACCAGCUAGCCACAGAAACAUGUGGGUAGUGGACACAUGGAUAUGGGGCACGUUUUCCUCCCAUCCAUAUUGCAUAAUGCUGGUUCUCUUCAAUCUCUGUUCUCAUUGGCCAUCUCUUUCAUUUCAUAGGGAUAACUGUAUUUCUCUGUCAUAGAGCACUUAUCAUGAUGGCUGGGUUUACAAGUAAUUCACAGCUAGAAUAUCUAACCAUAGAGAAUACAAGACCCUUCUACUUGGUACCUUGGAACACAAAUGUGUAGAUUGAAAUAAGCAUUUGGGAUCCUCCUCAAGUUAAAAACAUAAUUCAAGUCAGUAACUAAUUACAGAAGCUGUUCAAUUGGCUCUUAUGUAGUCACUGAACAAAAAGAUCAGCCUUGUUCUCCUUGGUUCCAUAAUGAUGUGUUACUGACUGUACCAUGUACCACCUACCUCCAUGUUUUUCCUGACAAACUAAAAUUGUUGAUAGUCACAUAAAUGGUUGGUCAGAGUAUUGGUGUAUUUCAAUCAAUGCGAUAUUUCAAUCAGAAAUAUUUUUUUGCUCCACGAAUUACAUUUAGAUACAUUCAUUAUAUGCAGUUUUGACUCCACGCUUAUUUAAACAGAAAUGUAUGAGAUCAAUGUCCUUACUGGGUUGUUGAGGUAAAUCAAAUUAAAUCACAUUUAAUUUGUCACAUGCACCUUACCAUGAAAUGUUUACUUACAAGCCCUUAACCAACAAUGCAGUUUUAAGAAAAAUAGGAGUUAAGGAAAUAUUUACUAAAAUAAACAUGUGUAAAUAAAGUUAGACAAGCAUUUUUGUAUGGAGCUCUAGAAGUGACUGAUUUACCUACAGUGCCUUGGUUCAAAUGUUUCUGUUACUGUAUUUCUUUCAUUCAUACUCAACGACUUACUGAUAGGAUUCCAACUGACUCAUAUGAUCCCAACUGACUCAUAGGAUACCAACUGACUCAUAGGAUCCCAACUGACUCAUAGGAUUCCAACUGACUCAUAUGAUCCCAACUGACUCAUAGGAUCCAAACUGACUCAUAGGAUCCCAACUGACUCAUAGGAUCCCAACUGACUCAUAGGAUCCCAACUGACUCAUAGGAUCCCAACUGACUCAUAGGAUCCCAACUGACUCAUAGCAUCCCAAAGGCUCUAACUGCCAUUCCUAUUAUGCAGAUUAUUUUCUGAAUUUGCACCAUAGCUAUCUGACCGAUUCAAUUGACACCCAAUAAUGUUUGUUUGGAUAAAGAAGAAAAUUACACUAUUUUUUUAUGUGACAGAUGUGAGAGAGAAGACUGUCAUUGUCUCUCUGCCUCUGUCUGUCUGCCCACCCGCCCGCCCGCCCAGUAACUAGUAUUAUUCAUUGACUGACUAGUGAAACGUCUAUCUGAAGGAUCUGUGCAUAUGUAUUGUGGUUGUCGUGUCAUUUAAUUUCAGAACUUGUCAAGGGUUUCAUGUGACCAUGUAUGUAGAGAGAGAGAGAGAGAUUUAUUUAAAAGCAGCAUAUUUAGACUUUAAACUAAUAUAAUAAUAUUUAACUAUGAAACGUGUUACUUUGGAUGGUACCUCUGUCUUUUGUCCAUAUCCCCAGUAGUCAUCAGGCUGGUGGCAUUAUUAAACAACAUGGAAACCAAAGAUUAUCACUCACCAUCCCCAUAAAACCCAGAAGAUAAGCCUUACUCUCCAAAGUCCUAUCCAAAAACAGUGUUGUGCCUCGUUUUGUUUCAGAUACCUAGCUGACUAAAGAAUGAAGAGUAGUAUUACUCUUAUAAAAAGGGGGAAAUCCUGUUCAUCACUAGAUAACUGGAGAAUGAUACUCAGUCUCAGGAUGAAUCUGCUCACAGCUGGGUUUUAUUCACUAGGAACCAUCAGAAGCAAACAGGCUGAAACAGGGAUGACUACCUGAAAUUGUCCAAUAAAAAGUGUUUUUCUUUUCCGUUGCAAAACGUUUUGCACUAAUGAAUAAAGUCCUGGUCUGUUGCGUUUCAGUUACAACACUGUUACACUUUUCACGUCACUAUAUCUGUUUGGUUUGUGACAGUGAUUACUUAUUUGUUGUUCCACCCUGUUGGACACUUGUUUCAUGUUUAUCAUUUAUUAAUGACACCACCUUUUUGUUUGUAAUGAAAUAUAUUCUGUACAUUGAAAGUAAUAUAAAGUGUUUCUGAUUCAAAGAUGUGUCAAGGGUUUUUCUCAUAAAAUUCACUAUUUGUUUCCCAUCAUAAUCUAUGUAAAGUGUAAAUAUUGUUUUAUUCCACAUGGUUGUGCCUGGGAUUCAGUUCACUUAUCCUACCACCAGAUGUCCCUCUUUCCAUACAAUUG